AGCACAGCUGGCACAUCAACGGCUCCAUUAUUAUUAUUUCCUCCCUCCCUUUCCAGCCGCCGACCAACGCACGCACGCUCGCGCCAGCGCCGACGCCCGCCCGAUGGACGCCGUUGCGUUCCCUCCGGCCCCCGCGCCCUUCCUCGACGACCACUUCGACUUCGGCGAUUUCAUCUUCACCUCCGCGCCCCAGGCGCCCCGAGCCCCCGCCGCCUUCGCGGCGUUCGACGAUGACUGGGGCGACUUCGUCGCCAGCCCGCUCGGAUCCAACCCAGACGCGUCCGCGCCCCCGACGACCAAACCAUCCUCCUCUUCCUCAUGGGAGAAGCCGCGGGGCCCGCUCCCUCUCUCCAUGUUCGGCGCCGAUGACGACCAGGAGGAUGGGCGGGAGGAGGAAGGACCAGCCGGGCCGCCGCCGACGGCCACGGCGGCGGCGCACCAGCACACCCCUUCCUUCUGUUCCGGUGGAUCGCGUCCCGCGGAUCUGAAGGACCUCAUCGCCGGCCUCUACGGAUCUCAGCCGCCCUCGGCCGCCAGCGCCGCGGACGCGGGUACGCAAGAGGAGGCGGUGGAUGACGACGGGUUCGGAGAUGAUGGUUGGGAAUUCAAGGCGGCGUCGGCCGCACCUGCCGGCCAGGAUGGAGACGGACAAGCGCAUGGGGAUGAAAUUGGACAAAAUGAGGAAAUCAAUGAGAAACUACAAGAUUUGUCACUUCCCAAAGGUUUUUGCACAGAACAUCAUCCUUCAAGGGAUGUAUGUAUCACUGAACUGCUUAACAGUAUCAAAGUGGAACAUCGGAAGGAUUUUGAGCAAGAAUAUCAUUUAGCAGAAAAGGUAACACUGGCAAUGGACGACACGAGCGUGGCAGUUGAACUUUACAAGCACAGUGUGUCCACCCCACGUACCUUGGAACUAGCAUCCAAAGAGGAGCAGUGUGAUUAUGUCAGUGCAUGGUACAAUAUGCUUCUGUUCUGUGCUCAAGAGUUGCAGCAUGGUGCAGCAGUUUGGCAACAAUCUUGUCAUGCAAAUGUCUACGACCAAGUGAUUUCUGAAGGUGGUCAUUGUUUUAUUGCUCUUGGGGAGAUAUAUAGAGUUGCACAGAUUUUAUAUUUCUCCUUGCAGUGUUUCAAGCCUUGGGUUCUUGCAAAUCCUGGAAUGUUGAGUAAAUUGUUGGCUUGUUUGGAGAGCUGCAGUAAUGCCUGGACUAGUUGUUUACAAACAGCUCUUAAAAUGGUUGUUGACAGCGCUCACUUAGAUGCAUCUGUUGCUAAAGCUCUUAUGGAGUCCAUCAAGAAUAUUAAUGAACUUGAGGUGUCCAAUCUACAAAAUUCUCUUCCCACUGACGAGAUAACAUGUAGACUAACCCUCCUGCCAGCUAGUCUUGUACCAGGAAUGAAGGUGACCAUGUGGAAUGGUGAUCACUAUUUUGUUAAAGUUGCAAAUUUGUGGGCAAAUCGGAUAUCUUCCGAUCCUCCCCAGCUGUCACAAACUCCCGUCUCUUCGACGAACAAUGCAGCAACACUUGCCCAUCAUGUUGAAUAACCUAUCAAACUUGUGACACUCUUCUGAAGGAAGGAAGCAUCAGAAGCUUUGAGUAAAACCUGUUCAUCAAGUUGUCCUGGGCACAUUAUAGAGAAACUGAGAAAUCAUCGUGCCGACCGACCAUGGGGCUUCUUUUGCCUUUUGGAGGAUCGAUUCACUGUUCCAUUACUGGUCAUUCUUUUGUACAAGUUGUAGUUUACAACAUUCUUUCCGUAGUGACUGAAAAUGGCACUAGUAUAGCGAGUGUAAAAGGGCCGAGUUUCGGAUAUGUCGUGUAUAUCCUUGUACCAAGACUGGAGUGGAGUGUGAUGUAGGAUUAUUCCAGCAGUCCAUGUAGAUCUUGUUGUUUCCA